CUUUGCAACACUGAUGUGUAUGACAACUGUAGGUAAAAGAAGAAUGUAUUUUUUAAUAAUUACUUUAAAACAAGAUAUGUGUUUUUAAAUUUCGAAUAAAAUAAUGGAACCAUCGAAAUUUAACGAAAAUAUAUGCCGCAUUUGUCUGGAAGACAAUGGAGCUCUAAACUGGAACGAAGAAAUCGAAAUAUUAUGUGGUUUCAGCUACAAAGACUGUUAUUACAAAUACACAGAGUUACAGGCAGAUGAUUCAGAUGCUUUACCAACAAAUUUAUGUGAAACAUGUUCCAGUGGUCUUAAAAAUGCUCAUUUACUAUUCGAAAAAGCUUCUGAAUCAUAUAAGGUUCUUAAUGAGAUGCUCUUCGCUAUAAAAGAAGAAAGUGAUGCGCAUAUUGGAAGUAAAGAAACCACAAUGAAAUUUGAAAUUAAUAUUAUUGAUGAUUAUGAUACUCUGACCAAUGUUGAGACAUAUACAGAUAUAGAAGAAGAAUUAAUGAACCCCACAAAUGAUUACGAUAACGAACUGGAUUUUAGUACAGAAAAUUCCAUAAACAAUAUUAUUACUAAAAAAAAUCCAAUGAGUGAAGACGAAACAAUUGAGAAUCAAUCCGAUCAAGAAUUUAGCGAAAGUUCUGAUUCAAGACCUGCUGUCUCGUCAACUACUGUUAAAAAGCAAAAAUUACAGAAAUAUUUGUGUGCAUAUUGCUCAUUAGAAGUAAAAGAACUAGCCUACCUUAAAGUCCACGAAUCUACACACUGUGAAAAUAGAAAACGAACUGAAAUCUGUCCCCAGUGUGGACUUAAGUUCUAUACGAAAAAUUCAUUGAGGACUCAUAUGGACAUUCAUGCAGAAAAUCGUGAAAAGAAAUUUAAAUGUGAAUUUUGUAUUAAAGCCUUUUUUAAUCGAGGAGCACUUAAUGUUCAUAGACGCAUUCAUCUUGGUCAGAUGAUAGCGUGUAAACUAUGCCCAAAAGAAUUCUGUCGACAAGUUGAUUUAGACAAACAUUUGGCGAAACAUUCAACAGCUCCUCUACAUAAGAAAGCUGAAAAGUCCAAAUAUACUGUACAAUGUCAAUAUUGCAAUGAGUCGGUUGUCACCACAAAGUGGAAGACACAUAAAGCUAUUCAUCUCAAUCAACCACCGGUGAAAUGUAAAGUUUGCAACAAAGAUUUCUUCGCUAGAAGCAGGGUAGUUGAACACUUAAGAAGAGUACAUGGUAAAACUAUAGAGGAAUAUGAUGAAUUUAUUGAAUAUCUUGAUCCAAAUAUUCGUAUGUCCCAUUUAAUGAUACGACAACAAGAAAUCGUAGUACCAAUUUCAGAAUAAUAAAUAUUUACAUAAUGAAAAUUGUUGGAUCCAA